AUGGCCGGUGACGAAUCGGCGUGCCCAGUCGAUCACAAAGCUCGCGAAGAAUGGCUCGCCCAGGCUCGCGCAGCGGAAGCCUCCAAAACCAAGUCACCAUCACAACCACCGCCAUCCGCGUGUCCUGUCGAUCACAGCUCGGCGCCGCCCACACGAUCAUGGACCCAAAGUCUGACAUCGUACCUUUGGUCCUCCCAGCCAGAGCCUCAAUCGAGCGCCGCGCCCCCUAAACCGACAAACGGCCUCGACACGAACCGCGUAGUAUCCAGCAUCCCACGCUCGACUUCGAAUCCGUCUGCUUGCCCAGUGGAACACGGCGCCUCCGCCAAUGCAGAAAUCGAAUCGGGGAAAGAUGCGUCGGGAAACUGGGUGUACCCCUCUGAGAAGAUGUUCUUUGACGCCAUGAAGAGAAAAGGGUACGAUGCGAGGUCGAAAGAUAUGAAGACUGUGGUCCCAAUUCACAACGCAGUCAACGAGAGGGCAUGGGCGCAAAUCUUGAAAUGGGAACAACCAUAUCUUGCUUCGUCACAAUGCGGCGGCCCCAAAUUGGAGAGCUUCGCAAACAAGAUGGAGCGAAUGACGCCGACAGCCCGUAUCAACACAGUCCUCGGAUACACAGCCCCAUUUGAUAGACACGAUUGGAUCAUUGACCGUUGUGGUACGAGGGUCGACUAUGUUAUCGACUUCUACUCCGGCCGGGGAGAUGGCAAGGCAGGGCCCAGCUUCUACCUCGACGUGAGACCAAAAUUGAACACGUGGGAGGGCGUCAAAAUGAGGGCUAUGAGGUGGACUGGCCUGGCAUGA